AUGCGUCCCCAGGGCCUCUGGCGGUCCCUGGGAUUGGUCCAACGUCCUUAUAGCCGCGCCUUUAUCCCCGCCGGUCCAGGGCGCCGAAGCAUUCGGAAUCUCAGCUCUGCGCCGCGAGUGCCGGAUUUUGCAUUUGCUUUCGACAUCGAUGGCGUCCUCCUCCGAUCUUCGAAGCCCAUACCCGGAGCCGCCGAAUCGCUGUCGCUCCUUAAGAAAGAAGGAAUACCAUUUAUCCUUCUCACAAACGGAGGUGGAAAACAUGAAACAGAGCGCGUUGCUGAAAUCAGCGAGAAGCUUCAGGUUCCAUUGGAUGCAAAUGUGAUUGUUCAGAGCCAUUCACCUUUUGCUGAGAUGGUACGCGGGACAGAGACGCAACCACCCUUGGAGAAUAAGCGCGUGCUGGUAGUUGGCGGAGAUGGAAAUGGUUGUCGUCAGGUAGCAGAGAGGUAUGGGUUCAGGAAUGUUGUAACACCUGGGGACAUCUUCAUGGCCAAUCCAUCAAUCUGGCCGUUCUCCAAAGGAUUCAGCGACUACUACAAGACCUUCACGAAACCCUUGUCCCAUAAGGGAGAACCAAAUGAUCCUAUUAAGGGUCUCAAGAUUGAUGCUAUUCUCGUUUUCAAUGAUCCAAGAGACUGGGCGCUGGACGCCCAUGUCAUCGUCGACCUUCUGCUCUCGUCACAAGGAGUCUUAGGAACACUAUCGGAGAAGAAUGGCCGCUCCGACCUCCCGAACCGCGGAUACCAACAGGAUGGUCAGCCACCUCUCUAUUUUUCGAACCCCGAUCUCUGGUGGGCCGCGGCCUAUAGCCUCCCGCGUUUGGGCCAGGGCGGCUUUCGCGAAGCAUUGGAAGGCACGUGGAGUGCAAUUACCGGCGGACCCAGUAAGGGCGUUGAGCUACAAAAGACAGUUAUUGGCAAGCCUUCGCAAGGGACAUAUGAAUUCGCAGAAAACCAGCUCCUGCGUAAUCGCGCCAGGGCAUUUGGCUUGGAAACAGCGAAACCUUUGCGAAAUGUUUACAUGGUUGGAGACAACCCAGAAUCGGAUAUCCGCGGAGCCAACUCAUACCGGAGUGCGCAUAAUAGCAAGUGGCAUUCUAUUCUUGUGCGAACUGGAGUAUACCUUGGUGGCGAGCCUGCAUGGUCUCCAAAGACUAUUGCUAACGACGUCCAAAAGGCCGUUGAAUGGGGACUACAACACUCAGGCUGGCAGACCCGGUAG